CCCACUGUACCCCCUCCUCCGUCCGGUGAUUGACUCUAUUAAGGGUUCGAGAAGGUAUGGUUCUAGUUAGUGAUGUAAGAGGGGUGUAAUGGCACAUCCCUCAGCCUCCACCAAUGGAGAUAAGGGCAGGGCUCAACACCCAUUUCUCCGGAUUUUGCUAUAAAACCGGUUUAAAACGUCAGCUAGCCUCUUAAUACCCUCAGCAAGAAUAAUUAAACUGCGCUGUAGCUCUUUGAGAAGACUUUUUACAUAAACAAUGAGGUAAGUACAAACAUAUUAUUUUAUUAUUGUUUUUAUUUUUGAACAUUUUAUCAUUUAAUCAAUGCUUUGAUAUUGACCAUAUAGAUGCACGAUAGAGAAAUGCACGUUUUGUCAUAUAUCAGAUUCCUCUAAUGGGAUUUAUCAUCGUAAUUUGAUCUGUCAAUUUUGUGAUAGAUUACCUAGUUUUUAUGAAAUUCUAAAAUUGAGAUUUUUUGAAACCCGGUUUUGACUUCAUUGAUUCUCAUCUCUGUCGGUGCAAAGAGAGCAAAACUGCCAGAAGGUGAAGAUAACUUUUGGGUUUUUUUUAAAUAUGCACUCAGAAUUAGAUUAAUAGAUAAUAGUUUACCUGAUAAUACAAAGUGAUAAACCUAAGUAUAUCAUGUUGAGAAGACAAGAUUUAAAAAUCAUUAUUCUUAUAUUUGUCUUUAUUUCUAUAUUUUUAACGCUCUUUAAAAGUUUGUCAUGGAAAAAGUUCCCUUUAAAAUGUGUCACUACACUGUGCCUGUAUUUAAAACCAGAAUGUCUACCUCGGUGAUGCCCUUUAAGGGAAAUGUGUGCACAAAUCAUUCAUUUUUUUCAGAUUUCUCCAUCUAUUUUUUAAAAUAUUUAUUCAUUCAUUCAUUUAUUCAUUUAGCAGUUCCAGGAUGGAUAACAAGUCCUACUUGGUCCACAUGAAUGGAAAGGGGGUCCAUGACAAAAACACUGUCAAUGCCAAAACUUUGAAUGGGUCUGGGGUGAAUGGGAAGGUGGUCCACGGGAACAGCUUCCACCACGUCAGCGUGAAUGGCACCCUGUAUCCAACCAAAGCCAAGAGCCGCAGGCAGCGGUGGUCAGUGAAGCCAUCAGAGAUGGCCAACAACACGCUGAACCCCAUCAGAGCCAUCGUGGACGGGAUGAAGCUUACCCCCAACCCAGACAAACCCAUGAUUGCGCUCUCCAUUGGUGAGUGGUCUUCUGUGUGACUAUAAAAGUGAUUAAAUGUCUUACUCUUUGAAGCCUCUGUGAGAAACUUUCAGGUUGUGUUUAUUUGGGGACACUUAGACAGCAGAAAAAAAACAUUUUACCUUUUUAAAUACAUAGUCCUUGCUAUGUAUUUGUAAGAGUAGUUUUUCAGUCAAGUGCCUACAUGCUUGCACUGGUUUCAGACGUUACAUUAACUAUACAGUAUCUUUUCUCUCUGAUAGUUUCAUUUGCUCCAGUAGGCUGUACAGAUGCAUCAAAUUGAACUUCAGUUUGUUUAUCAGCUCAAGAAGUCUAUCUGAAGCUUCAAUGACAUCAAGUAUCUUUCACAUUUGUUUCAGGACAUUUUCAUAUUUCAUAAAUGUGUUUUUUAAUAUCUUGGAGCCAGAUUCCAUAUUGAAACGCUUCCUUGCUCACCCCUCUCAUCAGUGAAGCAACGGUGUCCUCAGAGGGACAAGAGACUCCUUGAAUCCUCUUUUUGUCAUCAAAAAAUAUUGUGCAAUGCUAAUGCUUUUGCACACAACUACCAUAUUCUGCAUUUUUUCCACUGGUGCAUUUUGUGGUGCGACUCACUAAAUUGAAAAAAAGAAGACAUAUUUGUGACUACUUUUUCUGUGUGACCAUAGAAAUAUAGUGGUACACGAUAACAGCCUUAGCUGAAGAGGGCUGGUCUCUAUCUGCUUUACUCUAAUUCUGUUCUGUAUUUGACAAGUCUCCUCUGCUACAUGUUGCCAAAAUUUACACACUGCAUUUAAUUUAAGUGGUUUGUAGAGCACUGCAGGUAUUCGACAUUCAUAAAAUAAUAAUUUUUUUGUUUGUUUUCUGUUUUGUCCCUGCAGGAGAUCCUACUGUGUUUGGUAACCUGCCCACAGAUGACGCAGUGCUUCAGGCCAUGAAAGACGCCAUAGACUCCCAAAAAUACAACGGCUAUGCUCCUUCUGUUGGUAAGUGUCACUUAUAUGUAGGCCUGCAUAUAAGACAUAAUAUGUUUAGAGUAAAUGUCUGACCUUAGUACAUGCAAGUUUAUCUAGUAUUCAGCGUGAUUUCAGUAUUUAAUACACAUAGUUUAUUAUAAAAAAUGAAAAAACUUCCAAAUGUCCUAAUCCAAAGCUAACAUGAGAAAGAAUCUGAAUGCUUGCUUAUAAAUCUGAAGUUUGGGUACUAUAUUUUCUUUUUCUUUUUACAGCCAAGUUAGGCAGCUCAGUAGGUUUAGAUUUCUCCUCUCGAAAUCAGAAACAGCUGAUGGCAAUAUAUCAUAUAUAGUCUGCUUAUGUUUGCAUGUUGUUUUUAUUAUUUCUGCAGGCUACGCACAGAGCCGGAAGGCGGUGGCCAACUUUUACAGCUGUGCUGAGGCUCCUCUGGAGGCAGAGGUGCUUACUUCUUAUUAACUUCGCAUUUUAACCACGUUGAGAUCUAAUGGGAAUAGUUUAUUACAGUAUGAUAUCAAAAACACUUUCUUUGCUGUGAAGAACUUGCCUGAGUUAAAUCUGAAUCACAUCAGAAAACAGGUCCUGAAGUUAAUCUGCUUUAUUCAGGUCAAAAUAUAGAAACAGAUUUUCAAUUCUGUGCUGUUUAAACUCAAGUGCUUCCGCUCUCUUGUAUAGGAUGUGAUUCUGACCAGCGGCUGUAGCCAGGCCAUUGACCUGGCUAUCAGUGUCCUGUGUAACCCGGGGGACAACAUCCUGGUCCCAUGCCCGGGCUUUUCAUUAUAUAAGACUCUGGCGGUCUCCAUGGGCAUUGAGGUCAAACUCUACAACCUGCUGGUCAGUAAGAGAUGAUCUUUAACUCUGACACACAAAAUAUCCUCUUUUUUCUGCCUGUAACAAACACACAUUUACGAUGAUGACAUUUGGAUAUGAGGGAUAAUAUCAAUUCAGAGGUUCAGAUUUUAUGAUGUAUGCUUGUUCCUCUCUGAAAGAAAAAAAUGGUAUGUCUAAUACUAAGAUAAAUUAUUUAUUAUCACACUAAAAGAGGUAAAGAAAUGAUACUUAAAUUGUUGGAAAAAACAGCCAGAAAAAUAAAACUUUACUGUUUUUUUGUUUUUUUUUACAAAAAGGAAUACAGUGGUUGGAUAGACUUUAUAAGCAACUUCCUUUUAAACUUCUAAACUAAAAAUAAAUCUCUAAAAAUGCAGAAAUAUUUCACACAAUGUAAAAAAUUUUUAUUUUUGUUAGUUUUUAUGCAUUUCAAGGAUUUUUUUUAUACAAUCGAGGUAUUCAAUAAAAUUUUUAGCAUCUCAUAAAUGUCUUUAUGUUUCACAAAGUUAUUUUCAACCAAACGUUUUUACAUGAUGUGAGUUGUUUUUGCAAUUCAUGAAAUAUUUUUGCAUUUUUUUGUGAAUUUUUUUAAUGUAUUUCAUUUAAAUGGGCCACCAUACUCUUCUCCUUUCGUUGUUGAAUGAGAUAAAAUUGGUGAAAAUUGUUUAAAGCUGAAGUAGAUCUUGAGCCUUUAACCAAAUUUUAAAGAGCUUUACCACAUACAUUUAUAGUAAUUUACUCAAUUGUCCUUAAAAUCAACUCUGUGGUAUUAAUAUCCUCUACCAAUUAGAGAAAUAUUUCACAAAUCCAACUGAUGCUCACCAGUUUAAUAAUUUCGGGGUCAUUGGAGGAGACGUGUCUGUGAAGAUGUGAGGAUGAAAACACUGUAAAGUAGCUUUGUUUCUGCUGUUGAGGGACUGAUAUUUUGACCAUCUUGGAUGCAGUCCAACAUCCGAUUGAUUUAACCUCAUUUAGACAGCUGCUUCUUUAUGUUUGUAUUUGUUACUGUCCUUGAACAUUACUGGGAACACAUGUGUACAGUCAUGCUCAACAAUGUCUGUGCCCUCAUUGCUCCUCUUUGAUUUCAGCCUGAGAAGUCAUGGGAGGCCGACCUGCAGCAUCUGGAGAGCCUGAUUGAUGAGAGGACUUCCUGUCUGGUUGUUACCAAUCCAUCCAACCCGUGUGGCUCUGUCUUCAGCAGGGAUCACCUGCAGAAGAUCAUCAAAGGUGAGCUGAUGCUAUGUUAAACAUUAAGAUGAUCACAAACACUGAAUUUUGUUUCAGAUAAAACAAUAAAAUAAAUAUUUUCCUUCUCCUCAGUGGCCUCCAAACACUGCCUUCCUAUUCUGGCUGAUGAAAUCUACAGUGAUAUGGUGAGUACAGCUACACCUCUGGCCCUCUGUAACACCAGCGAGGCACAUUUUUCUAUUUCAUUUUGGUGGUGUUCGGCCGGGCUCUGAAUGGUCAGCACAGGGGGGAUUAUUGGUGAUGUGCUGAAUGAGGCCUGAAACAGUGACUAGCAAGGCUGUAUGCUGGAUAAGCAGUGAGUAGGGGGUUCAGCUGGGGCAAGCAGAGGAUGUUGGCAGAAUUUUACACUCAGGCUGCAAAAGUGCAACAAGUUCGGAUAUCAUGAGUUCAAAUAGCAGUGAGUUUUUUUUUUACAGAGCAGGUUCAAUGAUGCCUUUUGUAUUUUGGUGAAUGGCAAUAAUCAAAAAGGUGAAAAUGGAUGGAGAUGUAAAACAUCAUCCAAAGAUCCACUCAGAUGAAAUAUACUUUUUUUUUUUUUUUAAAGUUGAAAUGAUCUUAUAUAAGAAAGCAGCAAGACAUCAAUUAUAGUGUAACAUAGAAGCUGCACAUGCAAAAUUUUACAGUUUGAAAUUCAAGUGGAAAUGAGAAGAAAAACAUAUAUUUUUAAUAAAUCAAUGUACUAAAGUGGUGAAGUGACAGCUUCUUAAUGGAGUCAGAGUCUGUAUAAUAGAGGUGCACACAGGCACCAGGCCUGAAAAAAAUUGUGUCUGAUGACCACAAUGCCAAGGUUAAGAUUUAGAUUUAGAUACAGAUUCAGAGAAUUUUACCUCAAAGGGCAAGUUGUUUUAUUAGUCUAGCUUAAUCAUAUGUGCAUUUACAAGCAACAUCAGACAGGAGUAUGUCAGGCACAAUAAAUCAGUUAUUUGACAGGGAUGCUUACAGCACUUUUGUAGCCUCAUGUUUGUCCCUAAUGUAAUGACCCACAGGAGGACCUAAGUUUACAGCAAUAUUAACUAAAACAAGGAAUUCAAUUGAUAAGGCUGAUAAGACCCUUGUUGUGAUCAACAGCACACAACGCAUUAAUGGGUAGUUUCUAACUGUAACCGUAUCCCUCACUCUAACCCCAUUCAUAACUGCCACGAUAAAACAGGGGUCCUGGAGAUGCAGCCCCAAAAUUUCUUCCCUCCGUACGUUUUUUAAUGGCCAGAAAAAGGCAACUCAGCCAUAAGAAGUCUGUUUACACCAUAUGUUAGCCAACCAGAAAAACAAUGACCCCACUUCACACGUUGUUAAUUACCUCAGUAAACACAUAAACAAUCCAUUUAUGGUCAAAGUUAAUAGCCUUGACACUUGCUUAAUGCAGCAUGAUGUUCAUUUCGUACAUAGUGGUCCCAUUUCAGGUGAAUAAGGUGAUUAAGUUGUUGCUCAGCUGUGCAUACAUGACAGAUUGCUGCAAUGGCGACCUAAAAACACCCUGUUUUGUUUUGAUUUUAACACCGCUCGCAAAGAUAGUGAAAAAAAGGUUGUAUGGCUAGUGAAAAGAUUCAUCCUUAUUAAACCUUCAACUUAGCCUUAGCAGACCUCUUCUACCCUCUACCACAUCUGCCCCCCUUAUCUAAAGGAACAAACUGGUGUCUGAUUACAUUAGACAAAAUCAAUAACGCAAAUAUAUACUGUACGCUGCUGAUGUCACCAACAGACUUGCAACAUCUCUUUAUUUUGACGUGGAGCGUCAGAUGGAAGGAAGCCUGGAUCUAAAUGUUGACUAUCAAAAAAAAGGAUCAUCUGAACAUUCAGUCCCUAACGUCAAUGCUGGCCUUGACGAUGUUAGGCUGGUCAAUUUUUGGUUAAAGGUCGUGCAAACAAGUGUGCAUGCACGUAGACUCCUUUUCACACAGACAGUCUAGAGCAAACAGACACCCUUAUGUUGUUUGCCAAUAAACACUCAGUCAGCUCUAUCAAAAAGUGGAGAUAAGGUCAUAGUUUUGUUAGAAAGUGCUGUAUUAGGUAACCUGCAGUGAUAAAUGCAGAUUUUUGAUUUGGCCAAUGGACCAAUGGACAUCACUGUCUGCUGUGUCUUCAGUUUAAGUACUUUGAUAGUUACUUUUCCUCACUUUGUAGGUUUUUUUGAUACUGAAUAAGAGGAAAGAGGUUUGGUCUUGGGAUAGAAUGAGUGUCCACAUCUUAGUUGGAGCAUCAAGAGGUAAAAUGCGAGAGAUGAUCAACAAAAUCUGAAAAUUCUGAAAGUUUUGACUUGUUGUCUUCUGGUUGUUUUGUUGUUUUGAGGGGAAAGAUGGGGUUGUUGGGUGCAUUCACAUUAUCUCCAUAGCAUCCGACCAUUUCAGAUGGAACUAAAGCAGCACAGAAUGACUUUGCACUUUUUUGUCUGCAUGUGGUUGUAGUUAAUGCAGAUGUUGGGUUUUGGAGCAGCAGAAACACGGCAGGAAUGGGGGGCGUAUGAUGGGUGGAGAGUAGGGUGGGGGUGUGGAAGUAAGGCCUCUCUUUUAUGGCUGUAGGGGCCAUUAAGAGACUGAGGGGCCACAGUGUCUGUGAACUUCACCUGGCUGAGUCAGUGGGACAUUAUCCCACUGGCAUGAGCAGUAAAUUUAGAUUUUACACCCGCACAUCUGCACAGUGUGUCCAGAUGUGUGACCCGAAUAUGAGUGAAGUCAGCAUUUAAUUUUCCUCUGGAACAAACUGUUUCUGCUCCCCAAGUUAAUACUGCACAUUGGCACUAGACUUGUGGUUGGGGCUAUGCUGCUUUUGAUCAGUUGUUAUUCAUGUUAAGUUGUUUGUUGCUCACCCAGCUUCUCCUCUCUGAUGAGUGUGUUUUUACUUAUUCUUACUCAAUCCAAGUUUUGCACUCAAGUCAAGUGAGCUCAGAUGACCACAAGCCAAAAACUGUUUUAAAUUGCAGAUCCACGCAGGCACGUUUUUUGUUUGGACAUAUUUUAGAUGAACAUUGCUGUUAUGUCACUCACAGCAGUCCAGCCAAUGGGAUGCGGGGCAGUUCCCCGCUCUGCGUCAGAGAAGCUCCUUGGCUUUAAUGAGAACCAGCUUUGUGUGGGUGGAGCGUAGUUUACUGUGGUUACUGUAGAUUUAAACCCUCCCCCCUCUCUUUGUUCUCUCAACUUAUGUUCCCCUUAUGGCUUCUCUUUCACCCACACAAUAAAUAUUAUGUUAUAUGAUAAGCACAAUUUUUAACACGUGCGUUUAGUGAAGUUUUUAAUGGACAGAUUUAUAGCAAAGGUUUUGGCUAGGCACUGAAAAAAGGUGAGGCAUGCAGUUUUGGAUUUUAUAGCUGUCAGAUCAUGCAUUUACUUUACUUUUUAAAUAAUAAAAAAAAAAGAGUCCUUUGUUAUAUUUUCAUCAGAUUUACCUUGUGCUUGGCCAGUGCAAUAAAAAGACCCUCACAUCGAUAAAAUGCAAAGCUUUUGAAUCUUAGUCACAUUAACUUUGUUUUAAUGUUUCACCAUCGGUUAACAGGUGGUUUCAUUGGGCUUUUCAUAUAAAAAUCAGUGCCUAAACACACAUUUGAUUAGAGCUCUAACCAUUUGUCAAGUUUUUACCGUCAAAAACUUUCAGCAAUACAAAUACUUUUGUGCACAACUUUAUCCAUUUUGCUAUAGUGGAAACAUGGUCUACCCAGUGUGUCGGUACAAAAGCUGGUUUGAGGUUUAAAAACCAGAUUGAUUUCAGAUGAUUACACACUUGUUCAUAUCUACUAUGAAUUUGAGCACUUGUUGGAAAUAAAAGCCCGGUAGCCCCUGGCAUUAGGAUUAUCCACUACUCCUCAUAGAUUUAGUGAUGUCAGAUGAUAAUGUAUUCUGUUGCUGCUCUUGUCUCCAGGUUUUCCCAGGUUGUGAUUCUCCUUCCAUGGCGACUCUUAGCAGUGACGUCCCCAUCCUGUCUUGUGGUGGCUUGGCUAAACGCUGGCUGGUUCCUGGUUGGAGGAUGGGGUGGAUCCUCAUCCACGACAGGAAUGAAAUAUUUGGACCUGAGGUAAGCAGGGUUUACUUUUUUUUAUCCUUUUUAUGGAGAGAGAAUUAAACUUAUCAUUGACAGUUGUCUUAUCAACACAUAAACUAUACUUCCACUGCAGAUCAGACAGGGUCUGGUGAAACUGAGUCAGCGGAUUCUUGGAGCCUGCAGCAUUGUGCAGGGAGCCCUAGAGAGCAUCCUUGACAACACGCCUCAAAGCUUCUACCAAGAGACCAUCAACUUUCUCAAGGUAAAAGGGAGUUUAUGUCACUGAAUAUAAAAUAUCUUUUCUUUCACUUUCUUUGGAACAUCAAAAUAAUGUCAACUUUCAAGGCCAUGCAACUAAUAUGACAUGAAAGACAUGAGACAGACAUGAAAUUACUAAUGAAUACCUCUAUGUGAUCCAAAUGAAAUAUACAAGCAUUAACAGACCAUUAUAAGGCCCAUGAUCUGUCUGUUGUCUCAUACAUGUUUUGGUGUGUUUUGUUUAUACUCAUUCUGACUUUCAUUCAUGUGUAUCCCAUGAAACUGACUGGAUGGUUUUUCUUUCCCCUCAUAGUCCAAUGCAGAGCUGUGUUACAAUGAGCUGUCCAUCGUUCCCGGCCUAAACCCUGUGAUGCCUUCAGGAGCCAUGUACCUCAUGGUCUGUAUACAUCCAUGUCCUCUUAUUGUAUAUCGUUUUUAAUAUACUUAGACACAUAAACAUCUUUCUCUGUAUCUCUUGUUUUAUGUAUUCAUGUGUGCACAUUUUUCAGGUGGGGAUUGAGAUGGAUCACUUCCCAGAUUUUAAGAAUGACGUGGACUUCACUGAAAAGCUGGUGACCGAGCAGUCUGUUUUCUGUCUACCUGCUUCAGUAAGACACUGCCUUUGCUUAUUGUUUUUUGAUUGUCCCUGCAUUUUAAAAAACACUUGAAUUUCGGAUAAAAAUUACAGAAGAAUAACAAACUCUCCCUAUCCUAGGCAUUUGAGUUUCCAAACUACUUCCGCAUUGUGGUGACUGUGCCUGAGGAACUCAUGAUAGAGGCUUGUGGUCGCAUCGCUGAGUUUUGCCAGAGGCACUAUCGACCCCGCAGCCGCGACAGCAAUGACCUGGACCAGUGAUACAGCAGGCCCAGUCCUGAAGCAUGGACCAUGAAGUGACCAAAGCUUAAAGUCACAUAAACUGACCUGGAAGGAGCCUGGAAAUGUAAUCCAUCCAGUAAAGUUAGAGACGCAGAAAUCAAGGUGACAAAAAACUUGGAAACAGCACAUCUCAUGGUCCAUUAUUGUUGUAAUUUUGGAUGAUAUGAGCAGACAUAAUAUUUAUAUUUUAUACAAGCAACCUAUAUUAACCUCUACUUGUUUGUGUAUUUAUGUAAUUUGUGUCUAUGCAAUGUAACCUCCGACUUCAGCUAGGAUAGCAUCAUAGACUGUGCAUGCUGUAUACAUCGCCUGCUUGCUUGCUGCCAAAAUAAGAGGAAGUAAAUGUUAAAUUUCCAUUUUUAUGAAUGUUGUAAAGCAAAAUAAAUGUUUAUGUACUCAUGCUAGGAAAACAAAACUUUAAUGCAAUGCAAGUUAGCUAGGCAUUUCAUUUCUCUAAAUAUUCUCUGUAUAUUGCAUUAAUGUUGUCUUCAUGUACAAAGAUAUUUUUACUGGGAAAUUUUUAUUGUAGUUUUGUUAAUAGAAACCUAAUAAAAACAUGAUGAAACGGUCAA